AGUACAAACAGAAGCAGUCAAUAGUCCAUGACAUUAUUUUAUUUCUUUUAGCAAAAUAUAGAAGUUUUCUUCAAGUAAUCUAAACCCUAACAGGCCCUUUGAAUCACAAAAACAACAAUGAACAGAAAUGUAUUUAUCACAGUGAGAAGCCAUGAAUGCAGGUUUACCUCUUCUCAUGAUGUCCUCAGGCUUUCUUCCAACUGGGUCUUUGCUAGAGUCAUUGAUCCACAUCUCUAGAGAAGUCACGUCUGUCGAAACUCUUCCAUUCGUGCAGGUUAAAAAUGUAUCGACAAUGAUAAGAAGGAUCAAGCUUCUUUCUCCGCUAUAUGAAGAAAUUCAAGAAUCAAAAAGACCGCUUCCUCCAUCAUCAAUUCUGUGUCUCAAUGAGCUUUUUUCUGUUAUACGUCAAGGGAAGUUUCUCAUACAAGGGUGUAAAGAAGGAAGCGCUUUGUGGAACCUUGUGCAGACAGAGAUUAUUUCCAAUCAAUUUUAUUGUAUAGUGAAGGAGAUGGGGAGAGCACUUGAUAUAUUACCUCUGAGCUUGCUUAAUCUAACGGCUGAUACUAGAGAGCAAGUCGAGCUUCUUCACAAGCAAGCAAAAAGGGUCGAAUUGUUUGUUGACCCUCGUGAGAUUCAGAGAAGAGAGGAGCUCCUCCAAGUUAUGGCUACUAAUAAUGAGAACAGCAAGAACAAGGGCUUUAUUGACUUUGAAAAAUUGAAAGAGAUCUUAAGCAGCAUUGGUUUGAGAAGCUCAUUCGAUUAUGACCAAGAAAUAUCAAAGUUAGGGGCAGAAGCUGAGAAGCAGGCAGGCACAGGUGGGCUCAUCGUGGUUUCCAAUAUCAACAAUCUCAUAUCCCUUGUUUCGUUAUCCAAAUCUAUGAUUUUCAGUGAGGAAGAAAAUGAAAAAAGCCACGAAGACUUGAGGCAUCGCUCAGCAUCAUUUAGGCAUCAAGAUCAUUCGUCUUCCCAAUCAACAGUUUUCAACAUCCCUGACGAAUAUCGAUGCCCAAUUUCACUUGACUUAAUGAGGGACCCUGUGAUAGUAGCAUCGGGGCACACUUUUGAUCGAAAUUCAAUUUCCCAGUGGAUUAAUUCAGGGCACCACACGUGCCCAAAAAGCGGGUUGCGGCUAAUUCACAUGGCCCUCAUACCCAACUACGCACUAAAGAGCUUAGUCCAUCAAUGGUGCCAAGAAAACAAUAUACCAAUAACCGAGGAAACAUCUUCAUCUUCAUCAAGCUUGGAGAGAAGCAACAGCGAGGGAAAAUCUGGUGAGAAUGCAAUCGAUCACAUUUCCGCCACAAAAACUGACAGAGAUGCUGUCAAAAUGACAGCUGAAUUUCUGGUGGGGAAACUCGCAACUGGGUCACUUGAUAUCCAAAGGCAGGCAGCUUAUGAGCUUCGGUUACUUGCAAAAACAGGCAUGGACAAUCGCAGGAUAAUUGCUGAGGCAGGAGCUAUUCCAUUCCUCGUGACAUUACUUGGAUCCCCUGACCCAAGAAUUCAAGAAAAUGCAGUCACUUCCCUCCUCAACCUGUCCAUUUUCGACAACAACAAGAUAUUAAUAAUGGCAGCUGGUGCGAUUGACAGCAUAAUUGAUGUUCUACAAUCAGGGAAAACCAUGGAGGCGAGAGAAAAUGCAGCAGCAGCUAUCUUCAGCUUGUCUAUGAUAGAUGAUUACAAAGUGAUCAUUGGUUCACGUCCCAAAGCCAUUCCAGCCUUGGUAGGGCUCCUCGGGGAAGGCACUACAGCUGGGAAAAGAGAUGCUGCAACAGCACUUUUUAACCUCACAGUUUACGAUGUAAACAAGGCAAGUGCUGUUGUUGCCGGGGCGGUUCCAUUGCUCAUUGACCUGUUGAUGGAUGACAAGGCAGGCAUCACCGAUGAUGCCUUGGCAGUGCUUGCUUUGCUUUUGGGUUGCCAUGAAGGUUUGGAGGAAAUAAAAAAGAGUAGGGUCUUGGUGCCCCUUCUCAUUGAUCUCUUAAGAUUUGGUUCUCCGAAGGGGAAAGAGAAUUCAAUAACCCUUCUGUUGGGGCAGUGCAAAGAUGGUGGAGAGGAGAUUGCAAGACGAUUAUUGAUGAAUCCACGGAGCAUCCCUUCCCUCCAAAGCUUGGUUGCUGAUGGGUCACUAAAAUCUCGAAGAAAGGCUGGUGCUCUUCUUAGAUUACUCAACAGAUGCUGCACUCAAUCUCGCAAUCCAGUUUGAUAACACAGGGUGUAAGAAGACUGCGAAAUAAGAGAAGUGUAAAUUAGUGAAAAUUACAUAAAUGGAAAUGUUGUUCAUUUGUUAUGUAAGUUGGAUCUCCAUGUCUCAAUAGAUUUUCUUGUUCUAUAAACUGUUCUUGUUUUGAUAAUAAGAAAACAUUGAUUUAGAUAAAAA